GUGGCGGCCAUCCAGGCCACCAUGGCUGUCGAUGUCGCCGUGUCGGCGAUCCCGCGGCCCCGUGGAUGGAUAAGAAAGGUUCCGUCACCCCCUGGAGGAAUCCGUGACCGCCCACAUCCAUCUCCCCCUCUUCCCCCCAUCUCCACCUCUCCCUCUCUGUCGUUCUGGAGGAAGGGCCGACGCGCCCUCCGCCGUCCACCACGCGCCACCGCGGCCAUCGACCUCCCCUCGACACUCCGCCCUGACCAGGAGCUCCGGGACGCUCCUCCGCUUCUUCUUCGCCAACUAGCACAAGCCGGGACGCCACAUCGACGCCGCCCUCGCCAAUCCCCUCCGCUGGCGUCCGCCUCUGCCUCACCGUCGAUCCGCCGCCAUCCGCCGCUCGGUUUGCCCAUCGUCGACAAGCUCCGGCCAACCCGACCCCUCCACGAUCUUUGGUACCCCGAGAUUGCCGCUGAUGCCGCUGUGAUCGACUACGUCGACGACGACCCCUUCUUCUUGUCUGAGCAACCAGAUGGUGUACCCCUGGAGCCAGAAGCCACCGUUGACGGAUACUACUACGUGGAGACCGCCGACGACCAAGAGUAGUUAGGAGGUCUCAGGCAGGAGGCCUUGCCUCUUCGAUCGUUGAUGUUUGUGCUAGCCUUUUAAGGCAUCCUUGUCUAACUUAUGUCUGUACUCAGAUAUUGUUGCUUCCGCUGACUCUUGUGUAUCGAGCUUGUAUUCGAGCCCUCGAGGCCCUGGCUUGUAAUAUGAAGCUUGUAUUACUUUGAUU